AUGACCACAUCGGCGUACCAAACAGAGGGGAUGAGCAUGGCAGACAUGGAAGAACCGAACGAGCCGCUCGAGCCUGUAGAGCUUCCAGAGCAUGAGAGUGUCCCAGAGCAUGAGAGUAUUCCAGAGCAUGAGAGUGUUCCAGAGCAUGAGAGUGGCCAUGAGAUGCUUCUAAAAUUGUUGGAAUUGGUUGAAUCGCUGCACAACGUGGCAACCCCAGUACCAGGAGGGGAAGGCGAGGUCGACCUUGCUCUACAAGCCGCGAAUGAAAUCGUCCCACUGGUUGGGAAGAUCCGUGAACACUUCGAUGAGCAAAUGGCACGGAUUACCGAACAGGAUGCUACCAUUGUCAAACUCAACGGUGAUCUGGCCGAGGCGCGUCUCGAACUGCAAAAUGCUUACAUGGAUAUGGCGGUUAAAAAGGUGGAGAGCGGCAGCAGUCAACAGCCAGGCCAGAAAGAAGAAGAGGAAGAAGAAGAAGAAGAAGGGCUAUAUGCGCCCAACGGUGCUCACCUCAAGGCAUGGGUUGUGGAUCAAGCGGUCUAUAAGGAAAAUCCCAAGAGCAUCACUCACGAUGCAUUCCAGUAUGGACACUUUGUGUCGAACCCUGCGAGUCCCACCAAAGCCGUAACUAUGGCAAUGCCCACGGCCGAUGGUCUUGAAAAUAUCCAAUCGCGGCUGGAGAAGGGGGCCGGCAAUCAACCAUUGCCAGGUUCUUCUGGGGCUGGCCAGUCCGGGCAAGCUAUUCAGCGCACAUCGUCUGAAGAGUCACUUCCACACCAGGCAUUCGACAUGACCUUCCCAUCCGGCCGUGGAACUUUUAGACGACCUGGCCCUGUUUACGAAAGAAUGCCGCCCCCUCGUAUUAAACUAGCCCAAAGGAUUUCUUCUGGCGAAGAUAGCAGCGCAGAGGCUAGUAAGUCUGGUGAAGGCGACAUGAAAGGCUCUGUUCCAUUGGCUGAGAACGACUCGGCGUAUGGUUUUGCUGCCUAUAUACAAGGGCUACAAUCAACUGAUCCACAACCUCUUUGGCCUGCGUCCAAGUUUCUACGACCACGGAAAUAUGGGAAAUUCAUCAUUUUUGACAUUCUUGAGUGGACAUUAUACACCUUGUUUAGAGCUGCAUGGGACUUGAUUCCGGGGCAGCUCAUUGCAUGGUGGCAUCUUCUACUAUUCUUGAUAACCACUGUCCUGUACUUGUUCACAGGCUUACUAGACCCACUCGAUCUGCCCAAAGUUCCUGUCCUCAUUGUACCUAGGCUCUCAUGGUCUAUUCUUGCGAAUCAAGCCAUGUGUUUGACUUACCUGAUGUCUUUCUUGGCUUGCAGACGGGAACUCGAUAUUCUUCUUCAGGCCAAUGGGUUAAGCAGAAGGUACAUGCUUGACUACGUUUAUGAAGAAAGCCGCAUGAUUCUUUUCAUUGGCAUUGACAAGGGAAUGUUUCGGUGGGGGACAGUUGAGCCGGAAAACUUCUGGGGAAGUGGAAAUGACACGGAAAGGUUCAUUGGUCUGACACAAUAA